CACUCUGUUUCUUCCUUCCUUCCUCUGUUCCUUUCAAUUUCAAGCUUCCUUCAAUCCACCAUGGAAUGGACCAGAGGCCGCACCAUCGGCCGUGGCUCUUUUGCCACCGUCUCUCUCGCCAAAACUCACCGGUCCGGUGAAGUUUUCGCCGUGAAAUCUGUGGAUCUUUCCAGAUCAGAAUUCCUACAAAGAGAACAGAGGGUUCUCUCUCUCAUCGACUGUCCUCGUAUAGUUGGGUACGUUGGCUGUGAUGUAACACAUGAGAAUGGUCGAUUGAUGUACAAUCUCUUCAUGGAGUAUAUCUCCGGUGGUACUCUCACUGACGUUAUUCAAGAUCACGGUGGUCGCCUUGACGAGUCUGAAAUCCGGUCUCACACAAGAGCAAUUUUAAUGGGUUUAGAUUACCUUCAUUCUCGUCGUCUUGUGCAUUGUGAUAUCAAGGGUCGGAAUGUUCUGAUUGGAGCGGAUGGUGCCAAGAUUGCUGAUUUGGGUUGCACGAGAUGGGUCGAUGAGGAGGCUCCGGCGAUGCCGAUUGCCGGAACCCCUGUUUUCAUGGCACCUGAAGUGGCUCGAGGUGAUGAACAGAGUUUCCCUGCCGACGUCUGGGCUCUUGGGUGUACCGUAAUUGAGAUGGCCACGGGACGCCCUCCAUGGCCGGAUAUUGCAGACCCGGUCUCUGCACUUCACCGGAUCGCAUUCUCCUCUGAUAUACCGGAUUUCCCAACUUUCCUGUCAGAGGAAGCAAAACACUUUUUGGGCAAGUGCCUUAAGAGAGAUCCAAAGGAGCGGUGGACGGCAGAUCAGCUCCUUAAACACCCAUUUCUGGAUCAGGAUUCGAAGCAAAUUCAGGGCUCUACCUCCUCAAUUUCUCCCACGAGCAUACUCGAUCAAGGCUUUUGGGAUUCGUUGGAGGAGUCAGAUACAGAGACACCACUUCAUAUCUCCAAUCUAUUGGUAUUGAGUUCUUCAAAUUCUCCGGCGGAAAGAAUCCGGAGGUUGGUCGGAGACAUCCCUUCGUCAUCUUCAACCCCAAAUCUUCCCGAUUGGACGAAGGACAGAAAUUGGGUCACAGUCAGAAGCAACAACCACGCAGAGAUUACUGGGUCGAGUGACGAAGUAGAGCUGGAAUCGUUUGGAAGAAGCUCUUCCGUCAUUAAUGGAAGUGAACAUCUCGUUCAUUACAAUUCAAAUAGUAGUAGUAUCAGUAGUAACAGUCUCAGAAGAUUUUCGGUGUCCAGUAAUGAUGUUAAUGCUUUUUCUGUAUCUUCUAAUCCCAAUUAUGAAUUGGCACGGGGAAAGGAAUUUUUACUUUCUUCAAUCCCAAUUCCGUUAUUAUAAAAUACAUCACAAUA